UCACUCUGUCCUGCCACCCUGCGAAAAGGAUGGCUACUUCUUUGCCUUUUGCCAUGAUUAUAAGCUUCCUGAGGCCUCGCCAACAAUGCGGAACUUUUCCACACUAGGUUCUACUGGGAAGCCAGUGUUGAGAACCGCCGCCUCAGGCGAAGCUGGCACUCACACCCACCGGCCCUGGAGGCCCGCGGACCCGCGCCCUAGGUUUCCCUGGGUUCCAGCACCCGGGAGCCGCGCGUCGCCAGGCACCACCCCGCGGGGGCGGGCGCGGGCCGCAGAAGGUGGGGCCACGGCGGAAACCUCUCCGCUCCCCUAGCGGGAAAGCGCUGCGCGUGACUCGGCUGCGCCCAUCGCCGCGGGAGCCGGGGAGGGGGCGAGCACCUUAGGCCGGGCGGACCGAACCAACGCGCCGCCCGGAGGGGCGGCCUGAGGGCAACCCAGAUCGGACCAUCGCGCCACGCCGACAGGGGCCGGCCUUUCCAACCCGCCCGGAGGGAGGGGCCGCCGGCGCCUCUAGCCUGCAACGCGACCCCUGGAGGGCGAGACACGCCGCCGCCGCCGCCGCCGGCGCGGAAGGACGAGGCUGAGGCGAGAAACGAGGUGCCAAGCUCUCCUGAUGAAAUGUGUUCUGCCCCACUGGGCUCCAGGGACAGUGUCUGGUGCUGUUGAAGCCCUUAUUCGAACUUUCCAGAAUGGAUAGUCCCCCAAAGCUGACUGGAGAGACCCUGAUCGUUCAUCACAUCCCCCUGGUGCACUGCCAAGUCCCAGACAGGCAGUGCUGUGGAGGGGCAGGUGGAGGUAGUGGGAGCACAAGACCUAAUCCCUUCUGCCCACCUGAGCUGGGCAUCACCCAGCCCGAUCAAGACCUAGGACAAGCUGACUCCCUGCUAUUCAGCAGCCUGCACUCUGCUCCAGGAGGAACUGCACGGUCUAUAGACAGCACCAAGAGUAGGAGUCGGGAUGGAAGAGGCCCUGGAGCCCCCAAACGACACAACCCCUUCUUGCUGCAGGAGGGUGUGGGUGAGCCAGGACUUGGUGACCUGUAUGAUGACAGCAUUGGUGACAGUGCCACCCAGCAGUCCUUCCACCUGCAUGGCACUGGCCAGCCCAACUUUCAUCUAUCCUCUUUCCAGCUGCCACCAUUUGGCCCCAGAGUGGGCAGGCCCUGGGGGACAACACGCAGUCGGGCUGGAGUGGUGGAAGGGCAGGAACAGGAGCCAGUGAUGACCUUGGAUACUCAGCAGUGCGGCACCAGCCACUGCUGCCGGCCAGAGCUGGAAGCAGAGACUAUGGAGCUGGAUGAGUGUGGGGGACCUGGUGGGAGUGGCAGUGGGGGUGGAGCCAGCGAUACCUCUGGCUUUUCCUUUGACCAGGAAUGGAAGCUCAGUUCAGAUGAAUCCCCAAGGAACCCUGGAUGCUCCGGCUCAGGGGCCCAGCACUGCCGCUGCAGUAGCACAUCCAGUCAGUCUGAGGCAGCUGACCAGUCCAUGGGCUAUGUGAGCGACUCCUCCUGCAACAGUUCAGAUGGUGUGCUGGUCACCUUCAGCACCCUCUACAACAAGAUGCAUGGCACCCCCCGUGCCAAUCUCAACUCUGCCCCACAGUCCUGCAGCGACUCUUCCUUCUGCAGCCACUCAGACCCUGGCGCCUUCUACCUGGAUCUGCAGCCCUCCCCAUUUGAGUCUAAGAUGUCUUAUGAGUCCCAUCACCCUGAAAGUGGAGGAAGGGAAGGGGGCUAUGGUUGCCCUCAUGCCUCUUCUCCUGAGCUUGAUGCCAACUGCAACUCCUACCGCCCACACUGUGAGCCGUGCCCAGCAGUGGCUGACCUCACAGCCUGCUUCCAAAGCCAGGCCCGUCUUGUUGUGGCCACACAAAAUUACUAUAAACUUGUCACCUGUGACCUAUCUUCCCAAUCAUCCCCAAGCCCUGCUGGCUCUUCCAUCACUAGCUGCUCUGAGGAACACACCAAGAUAAGUCCCCCACCAGGCCCUGGCCCAGACCCAGGCCCCAGCCAGCCCUCUGAGUAUUACCUAUUCCAGAAGCCAGAAGUCCAGCCAGAGGAACAAGAAGCAGUGAGUUCCUCCACCCAAGCAGCAGCUGCUGUGGGCCCCACUGUGCUUGAGGGACAAGUAUACACGAAUACUUCACCCCCCAACCUCAGCACUGGACGUCAGCGCUCCCGCAGCUAUGAUCGCAGCCUGCAGCGCAGCCCUCCUGUCCGCCUGGGCUCGCUGGAACGUAUGUUGAGUUGCCCAGUGCGCUUGAGUGAGGGCCCUGCAGCCAUGGCCGGGCCUGGCUCCCCACCCAGGAGGGUCACCUCCUUUGCCGAGCUGGCCAAGGGCCGGAAGAAAACUGGAGGCUCUGGCUCGCCCCCACUUCGUGUGAGUGUUGGGGACUCCUCCCAGGAGUUCUCACCCAUCCAAGAAGCCCAGCAAGAUCGGGGGGCCCCACUGGAUGAGGGCACUCGCUGUAGCCAUAGCCUGCCACCCAUGCCCUUGGGGCCAGGCAUGGACCUACUUGGCCCAGAGCCAAGUCCACCCUGGUCCACCCAGGUCUGUCAGGGACCCCACUCCAGUGAGAUGCCUCCUGCUGGCCUCAGAGCUACUGGGCAAGGCCCCCUGGCUCAGCUGAUGGAUCCAGGGCCUGCUCUUCCAGGGAGCCCAGCCAACAGCCAUACCCAGAGGGAUGCAAGAGCUAGAGCUGACGGGGGUGGCACCGAGAGCCGACCAGUCCUUCGCUACAGCAAGGAACAGAGGCCAACCACGCUGCCCAUCCAGCCCUUCGUGUUCCAGCACCACUUCCCCAAGCAGCUGGCCAAGGCCCGGGCCCUCCACAGCCUUUCCCAGCUCUACAGCCUCUCAGGCUGCAGCCGUACACAGCAGCCUGCCCCACUGGCUGCCCCUGCUGCUCAAGUCUCAGUCCCAGCUCCCUCAGGGGAACCGCAGACAUCCACUCCCCGAGCCACUGGCAGAGGUGCCAGGAAAGCUGGGUCUGAGCCAGAGACCUCUCGGCCAUCGCCCCUGGGCAGCUACUCCCCCAUCCGGAGUGUUGGCCCCUUUGGGCCCAGCACUGACUCUUCUGCCUCCACUUCGUGCUCCCCUCCCCCAGAGCAGCCCACAGCCACAGAAAGCCUGCCCCCAUGGAGCCACUCCUGUCCUCCUGCUGUCCGGCCUGCCACCUCCCAGCAGCCGCAGAAGGAGGAUCAGAAGAUACUGACCUUGACUGAGUACCGGCUCCAUGGAACAGGAAGCUUGCCGCCUCUGGGUUCCUGGCGAUCUGGCCUCAGCCGAGCAGAGAGCCUGGCCCGGGGAGGUGGUGAGGGCAGCAUGGCCACCAGGCCCAGUAAUGCCAACCACCUAUCCCCUCAAGCCCUCAAGUGGCGGGAAUACAGGAGGAAGAACCCACUAGGGCCACCUGGUUUGUCAGGGAGCCUAGACCGAAGAUCACAAGAAGCUCGGCUGGCCCGAAGAAACCCUAUCUUUGAGUUCCCUGGCUCCCUCAGUGCUGCCAGCCAUCUGAACUGCCGGCUGAAUGGCCAAGCAGUGAAGCCGUUACCACUGACCUGCCCUGACUUCCAGGACCCCUUUUCCUUGACGGAGAAGCCUCCAGCUGAGUUUUGUCUGUCCCCAGAUGGCAGCUCAGAGGCCAUUUCCAUUGACCUGCUUCAGAAAAAAGGGCUGGUAAAAGCUGUUAACAUCGCUGUGGACCUCAUUGUGGCUCAUUUUGGCACAAGCCGGGAUCCCGGGGUGAAGGCAAAGCUGGGAAACAGUUCUGUGAGCCCCAAUGUGGGCCACCUGGUUCUGAAGUACUUGUGCCCUGCCGUCCACGCCGUGCUGGAGGAUGGGCUCAAGGCCUUUGUACUGGACGUCAUCAUCGGGCAGCGUAAGAACAUGCCAUGGAGUGUGGUUGAGGCUUCCACACAGCUAGGCCCAUCCACCAAGGUCCUGCAUGGCCUCUACAACAAAGUCAGCCAAUUCCCAGAGCUCACCAGUCAUACCAUGCGCUUCAACGCCUUCAUCCUCGGCCUGCUCAACAUCCGGUCCCUGGAGUUCUGGUUUAAUCACCUCUAUAACCACGAAGACAUCAUCCAGACCCACUACCAGCCCUGGGGCUUCCUGAGUGCAGCUCAUACCGUGUGUCCUGGCCUCUUUGAAGAGCUGCUGCUGCUGCUACAGCCCCUGGCCCUGCUGCCCUUCAGCCUCGACUUGCUGUUCCAGCACCGGCUGCUGCAAAGUGGGCAGCAGCAGCGGCAGCACAAGGAACUGCUGCGGGUGUCCCAGGACCUGCUGCUGUCUGCCCACUCCACGCUGCAGCUGGCCCGGGCCCGGGGCCAGGAGGGCCCUGGAGACGUGGACAGGGCAGCCCAAGGGGAGCGGGUGAAGGGUGUGGGUGCCUCAGAAGGUGGAGAAGAGGAAGAAGAGGAGACAGAAGAGGUGGCAGAGGCAGCCGGGGGCUCAGGGCGUGCCAGGUGGGCCCGAGGUGGGCAGGCCGGCUGGUGGUACCAGCUCAUGCAGAGCUCCCAGGUCUACAUCGAUGGCUCCAUUGAGGGUUCCAGGUUCCCUCGUGGUAGCAGCAACAGCAGCAGCGAGAAAAAGAAAGGGGCAGGAGGUGGGGGACCUCCCCAGGCUCCACCACCCCGAGAGGGAGUAGUGGAGGGGGCUGAGGCCUGCCCUGCCUCUGAGGAGGCCCUGGGCCGGGAAAGGGGCUGGCCCUUCUGGAUGGGGAGCCCCCCUGACUCUGUGCUGGCCGAGCUGAGGCGCAGUCGGGAGAGGGAAGGGCCCGCUGCCCCGCCAGCAGAAAAUGAGGAAGGGGCCUCAGAGCCUUCACCUGGAGGCAUCAAGUGGGGACACCUCUUUGGCUCCCGAAAAGCCCAGCGGGAGGCCCGGCCCACAAACAGGCUCCCCUCGGACUGGCUGAGCCUGGACAAGUCCAUGUUCCAACUAGUGGCGCAGACAGUGGGCUCCCGCCGGGAGCCAGAGCCCAAGGAGAGCCUGCAGGAGCCACACUCCCCAGCCCUGCCCUCCAGUCCUCCGUGUGAGGUGCAGGCACUGUGCCACCACCUGGCCACCGGCCCUGGACAGCUGAGCUUCCACAAAGGAGACAUCCUACGAGUGCUGGGGCGAGCUGGAGGAGACUGGCUGCGCUGCAGCCGUGGCCCCGACUCUGGCCUGGUGCCCCUGGCCUACGUGACAUUGACCCCAACUCCAAGUCCAACCCCUGGAAGCAGCCAAAACUGAGGCCCUGUGCAUGCUGGUGGCCUCAGGGACCCUCAUAACCCCCAGACUCAGAGCCCGAGAGCCCUUCCCAAGCCAUUGGCUUGGCUGCAGAGUAGACUGAGAGCUGGGGCCACGUAUCCCUGUGCUGGCACCUGCUCCCUGUGCUCAGUAUUAAUUACGCCCCCUUAACUGUCCCAGUGACCUCGUCCAGACCUCCACCCAGGAGAGGGACGGGACACAGCACUGGGCUGCCAGGAUUCCCCUGGCCCGUCUGGGCCAACCCUUCCAUGGGUGAAGACAAGCAAGUCCCCCUGGAGGCGGGUGGCCCAGAAAGCCAUCUACAGGGUUCCCUAGGCCAGGUGGAGAUGAGGAUGGGUAACAGUAUUGGGGCCAGAUCCCUAAGCCCCCAGCUGUAAAUAGGCUGUGGCCAGUGCCUGGUCAUCAGAAGAGGGAGGAGGAGCCCAGGCGUCUGUUUAUGUAUUUAUUUAUUUAUUUAUUAUACCUAUUAAUAAAAAAGGUGCUCAGCCUCCA